AUGGUUCUCUUGCUCCAAGCAGAUAACCGUAUUUAUCACAAGGCCUGCUUCCGAUGCCACCAUUGCAAACGCACCCUCAAGCUGAGCAACUUCAACUCUUUUGAAGGGGUGCUUUAUUGCCGGCCUCAUUUUGAUCAGUUAUUCAAACGAACUGGUAGCCUUGACAAGAGUUUUGAAGGAACACCAAAAAUUGUAAAGCAAGAAAAGCCUGUGGACCAUGAGAAUGCAUCCAAAGUCUCGAGUCUCUUCGCGGGCACCAGGGACAAGUGCGUGGGAUGUAGCAAGACUGUCUAUCCAAUUGAGAAGGUAAGUGUCAAUGGAACAGCAUAUCACAGAAGCUGCUUCAAGUGCAGCCAUGGAGGUUGUACAAUAAGCCCAUCGAACUACAUUGCUCAUGAAGGAAAACUUUACUGUAAGCACCAUCAUAUCCAACUCUUUAAGGAGAGAGGCAAUUACAGCCAGUUGGAAAACGACAUGGAGAAGGAGCCACCACUUGUCGCUCGCGUGGAGAUGAAUUCGGAAUCAUAG